CCCCCCCCCACUCUUUCUCGUACAUCGAUUUCCUGUUUCUUGUUUUUAGUGAAUCACUUUAGUUUUAAAAAUCAAUCGUACGUAUGAAAUUUUGAAUUUCUUGAUGUGGGUAUGCAUGCAAUUUAUGAUUAAUUAUGUGGAUCUUGUUACUUUGAAGAUGAUGAUAUGAAUCACACUCCCACAGAAGAUACUAUUAAUUUUACAAAAGAAUUAUAAAAUCAGGAUUGUUGAAGUUCUUUCUCAAUUGUGUGUUUGGCGGUGGAUUGGGAGAUACAAUGAAGUGGGCGUAAUUCUCUCGUAGAGGGUGAACCUUUAUAAAUAUGUGGGUUUGCUUCUUUUAUAUAUAUACACGAAAAUGAUCUCUUAAACACCGGUGACAUGACACACCAUUUAAUCGGUUAAUAAGUUGAUGGUAGGUCCAUAUAUUUAAUGAUUCACCAAUUAAAUGGCGUGCCAUGUCACCGGUGCUUAACAUAAGUUAAGCAACGAUGCUUAGGAGAUCAUUCCUAUAUAUAUAUUUACCAUUGCAAUAUUAAGAAGCCAUUACGGCUUACUUCCAACACGCUGGUGUGCUUUUGAUAUCUGUAUGGACUCUGAUCUGUUGUAAAAAGUUGAUGAUGUGUGAAUACAUGUUUUUCUCAUCAAUUGAAAAAUGCAAAUGUACGGUCCCCUAAUACCAUGCAUUCUUCAUAAAACUAAUACUAAAAGACCUAGAUACAUCAUUUCUGGUAGAAUAAUGAUGCAAUUGGUUAUUUUAUCUCAUUUGUUAACUUCUUCUACAUAUAAGCUAAUAUGCAUAUACAGAGACGGUAGUCUUAUUUUGCUGUGUAGUCAUAUUGACUAGUAGUUCUUGGUCCUUCUUUUACUGCGCAAUUUUGAUCUGCUUUAAAGAAAAAUGGGAGACGGAAAUCACAAGAAUGAUACUGAGGAUAAAGGGCUAUUUUCUAAUUUUGCUGCAUAUGCUGCUGGAGCUGGACACUACCCCCGUCCUCCACCAUACCCCCCACAAGGGGCAUACCCUCCUCCACCAUACCCCCCACAAGGGGCUUACCCUCCUCCACCAUAUCCCCCACAAGGAUAUCCCUCACAUGGUUAUCCACCACACGGUUACACUCCACAAGGCUAUCCUCCAGCAGCUGCGUACCCACCAGCAGGCUAUCCUCCUCCUGGAUAUCCGCCACCAGCAUAUCCAGCACCAGGUGGAUACCCUCCAUCAGGUUAUCCCGGUCCAUCCCAUUCAGGUCACGGAUAUGGUAUGGGAGCAGUUUUAGCAGGGGGUGCUGCAGCUGCUGCAGCUGCUUAUGGGGCACACCAUCUGGCACACGGUGGAUACCACCACCAGGGGGGAUUUUUCGGCCACCAUGGAAAGUUCAAGCACGGGAAGUUUGGCAAGCGUUGGAAGCAUCAUGGCAUGUUCGGGAAGCAUGGCGGAAAGUUUAUGAGGUUCAAGAAAUGGAAAUGACAUUAUUUUUAGUGUUGUUACUAUCUUGUAAUUCUUUUUUAUCGAAUAAUCGUGUGGAUUUUCUGAUUGAAGUUUGCAUUUGUUGUUGCUAAAAUCACUCGACUACUUGGUUUAAUUAUUGUAUAGUUGAGCAAUGCAAAUUUAAUGUUUAUUUGCAUUUUGUCCGUC